AUGUGGAACUUUAACCAUCUAGGGGAGGAUUAGGUAUUGGGUCAUGUUAAAUGGAGCCUGGUGCAGGAUCCCCUUCUCUGAUUGGCUGUGGUCCGAGCUGCAUGAUUAUGCAGCCCAUUGUUCCUUUGUGGUGUUGGGUGGGAUAUAAAUGAGGCCACGACCAAAAGACUCAUUCAACACCACCUUCUGAUGUCCACGCACACAAAAAUACUGCUGGUUUCCAGGGUCCAUUUUCAAGCUUUAAGAAGGUCAUUCCCCGCUCCACGUCUGUCUCCCAGCAAGGCCCGUCGAAAGGUUCGAGGAACGAACACGCAGCCUCUGACUGUCGCCGAGAUGGACUCUGACGCCGGCUCCAUCUCCAGCCGCUCCUCUUCUCCAGACCCGAUGGAGAAGGGUGGAGGUGUCUUGUCCGCCAAGGUGCUGCAGGCGUACUGCAGGGAUCCAGGAGCCCAGAGCGGAUCCCUGAUUCCGAGCAGAGGGAAGUCCAGAGGCCAGGCCCGGUCCACCAAGGAGAAUCCAGAGGACCCGCAGGACCUGCGGCUGAAGGUGAACAGCCGGGAGAGGAAGCGGAUGCACGACCUGAACCAGGCCAUGGACGGUCUGCGGGAGGUCAUGCCCUACGCCCAGGGCCCCUCCGUCCGGAAGCUCUCUAAGAUCUCCACCCUGUUGCUGGCGCGCAACUACAUCCUCAUGCUGUCCAGCUCACUGGAGGAGAUGCGGAAGCUGGUGGGGGACGUGUAUGGGGCCGGCCGUCCGGCUCACACGGCCCGCUGCGGGCCCGCCGCCCCUCCGUCGCUGCCGCUCUUCCCGCUGGCCCAGUCCUUGCCAUCGCUGCCGGGCACGCCACCCCUGCUCCAGCCACCCUCCUCGGCUUCAUCGCCACCUUCCGUCCACUCGCCGCCCGCCGCCGCCAGCUUCCCAGGCUUCCGCCUUCCUCAUCAGAACCCCCUGAAGGACAUGAGCCACGUCUCUGGCUCCUUCAGGCACUUCCCCAGCAUCCCUUGCCCGUGCUCCCUCUGCCAGCCCCCCUCGACUUCCAUACACAGCCUGCCCAGCCUAUCUAUAGGUAAGUGAGCAGGCGAGUCCCAGGUCUGGCCAUCGCAGAGCAGGCCGCAAAAUGGACACGAGUUCAAUCCCUGAAAGAACUCAAACACGGACCUGUAAAUCUUUCUGGAAAAUGGGUGCCUUGCUGUAAACUGCAUUUUAGUUUUUGUUCAAGCCAAUGCUACUUUUACAGAAAAAUGUUUAGCUAAAUGCACUUGUGUAUUUUCUUUAUCAGACUCUAGCCCGCUAUUUUUUGUAUGUAUAUUAUAUUAUACAGUGCACUGAAGUUCUUACUUGAUGUUCUGAAUUUAUUCUUGCCGAGUGAU